CGCCGCAGAGCAACACGCACGCGCAUUCUCUCCGCACUCUCUUCUCACUUUCUUCUCCGUCCGAAUAACGGUACUGUGCGUGGAACGCCAAAUAAUAUAUCGCUUUCUCGUCGGGUUUGAGUAUUUUGAGGCUCAUCGAUCGCUUAAUGUAUUUUUUUGUUGUUGAGUGUUGAAGUGAAAUGGAAUUUGUUGCAUUUUAAUUGCACGUAGCACGCUGCCGUCGAAAACAAUAGCAAAAUUAUCGGUCAGAUUUGAUUUAACCCGAAACAACAAUUACAACAACAAGCCUGAAGAUCAGUCGGAGGAUAUAUCUGAUAAAUAGGCAAUAAUACAUAAAUACUAAAAAGGCCACGUACGCCGCCUUAAUUAGCCUUGUUAAUAAACCAGUGGCCAUAACCCAAUCAUCUUAGCGAAUCAGCAACAAUGAUCGAAACCAGUAAUCAACAGUCAGGUGGCGGGGAUUUCAAUGGUCGCCACUCGGCAUCGCCGGCCCGCACCAUAGACUCACAUGAUUCCACCACGGGGAGCAUGGAUACCAUUGUGGAUCGCAGCCUAAAUCGCGAGGAGCUGCACCAGGUGGUGACCAACAUCGAGCAAAGCACAAAUAGCAUGAGCACGACGGGGUCAGAAAGUCUGACCAACUCGCACAUUGGUAUGUUACAAAGGGACGUAGAGCAGCAACAGCAGGAGGAUCAGGAGCAAGCACGUCAGGAUGCCCAGAGUCACAUUUAUUCGAGUCCAGUCUACGACGAGAAGCCGCCGGCGCUGAAUCUUCUUUCCGCAGCCUUGGACUUGGAUACGGAAAAAGGCAAGGCCAGUUUUGACGAGGAUAAUAAGCCCAAGUUGAUUUCGCACAAGGAAUUCAAACAGCAGCUGGAGGAAGCGAUGGUCUUGCGGCAACCCAACCAGGUGAAUUCCACCAAAAGUGCAUCUAACACCUUGGACUCCAGGAUUAGUCGUAAACAGCGCUGUCCCCCGGAAUUAAUCAAGUACAAGGAGAGCAGCGGGGGCGGGGCCAGUGACUCUUCAUCGCUUUCUUCGAAGGAUCGGCGCAAACGAAAGGCGAGUAAUGAAUGUUGCUCGGCCUUUCCACUACAAAUAGUGCUGGGCACUUUGCAGUUGCUCCUGGCCAUUUCCCUGGUAGCCCUGGGAUCGCUCCUGAUCGUCCGAGAAGCAGCCCUCUCUUUGGCGGGAUGCGGCAUAUGGACGGGACUAAUAGCUGCCGUUACCGGUUCCCUUGGAGUAGUGAGCAUGCGCAAAACGCAGACGGCCUUUCUAGCUCUCAGUUUGGUCUGCAUCGCCAGCAGCACCUUGGCCCUGGCUGUGACCGGAGUGAAUUUGUCCAGGGAUCUCAACAGAAUGGCAGAGCACGAGGUCGAUCAGUUCAAUUUAAUCAAUGCCAGCAGCGAGGUCUCUGCCGCCUUCGGUCUGUUUUUCACCCUUUUUCUGCACUUUGUGGCCAGCAUCGUCUCUGUCUAUAGAUGUGCCCUCCAGAUUUGCACAAAAAGCACAGCGAAGCACAGCGAGCUGCGUGACGUCAUUGUCAAGUCGAAUUCUUUGGGAAUUGCUUUGGACCAACAAAAGGUGGAUCAGUAUAUUAAGGCGAUGUCUUUAAACGGCACUGAGAAGGUGAACAGCGAGAAACUGGCUGCCAUGUGGAUGUAUGCCACCAAAAUGGGAACUCUACCGCCGCCCUCAGUUCGCAAAUUGACGCCACCAUCGCGGCAGAUAAUGCUGAUUCCCUCGACUGCUGGCAGUGGGAUAGCACCACCGCCACCCACACGCCUGCCACCACCGCCGCCGGGCGCCGGGCUUUUGUUGCCGCUGCAAUACCGUGGGAUGACACUUCCUUACAUGCGACCCGGUCCCGGAUCCGUACUCUACGCCCAUCCGGCCAGCUUUAACGGCACAUAUCGGACUCACAAAAGCACCAAGUCGGCUGAGAUCAACGGGCAGCGAAGGCGCAGGCGGGCGGGAAAAUCGGAUGCAAAUCGCCGGCAGCGACGCAAAUCGGAGGCAGAUGUCCUCGACGGCGCUCCCAACUUCCAGUACACGGGUCUGGAUCGAGCCAUAGCCGACAGCUUCUUGGCCAGGCAAGAACAGUCGCAGACGGGAAGUCACAUUGACUAUUCGUCGUCAGCAUCUUCGGACUUAUACGGCGGUCAGAGGGCUUCCUCCAAAACAAAGAUCGUCUGUCGAGAUGUGGUAAUGUGA